AUGGAGCUAAGUAAUUCGACAUCAGAAAAGAAAAAUCAUCAGGUGGAGAUAUUUCUCAAGUUCGCUUCUGAGAUAGGCAGAAUAGAUAAACAUGAUGCCGGUCGGCGAGUCCUCACCUUUCAGGAUUUCGUGAGAUUAAUUACAAGUUCGAAAUCACUGUAUUCUAAAUUUACAGACCACUCUUAUAACCUAAACCAGGUUCCUGAUGACGCUUUUGGAUGCAUUUUCUUUGCUUUAGAUGAAAAUAAUAAAGGUUUCCUGACGUUAAACGAUUGGUUUCAUUUCAACAACCUAUUGGAGUGCGAUAAUUAUCAUUUGAUUAUCCUAUAUGAGUUCUUCAAAAAAUUUGAUGUUGCUAACCUCAACAGGAAUUCAACUGGUUCACUGGCACAUGGUCUAAAAUCAAUUGAUUUGGCCGAUGAUAUUAGAACUAAGCCAGUGAACUAUGGAAGCAGAUUUCUUAGCUUUGAUAGCCUGUAUCUGAAUCUUUCUCAAUUUAAGGACACUAUCAAGUUGUUACACGAAUCGGUGAAUAACGAAUUCUUGACAGCAAAUAAAAUUUUGCUCAACUGGAACGACUUUAGGUGGUUAAAGUUCUAUCAAACUUUCCCGUAUAAACUAAGCGAGGGACCACACAUCAGCUUGAACGCUUUGGGGACGAUUCUACAAAACGAUCUGAAAAACGAAAAGCUGUACCUAGGCUUUGAGCGGCUGUCUCACAUAGAUCACAGAAACCAUGCUCUAGUAUUGAAUAAAAACCAGCUUGUUUAUUUAUUGAAGGUAUUUUACUCUCAUAGAAUAUCAGCUGACGUUUUCAACUCAUUGAACCUUUCUAAUACUAAGCUGAUAAAGUCAAACAACAACUGCAUCAAUUACAAUGUUUUCAAGGACAUUUUCUUUCUCUUUCAGAACUUUGACCUGCUGAAUCAGGUAUUCAUGAGAUAUGCCAAAUCUCAAAAUUUUGAUGACCAAGAUUUACGAGAAUGCGUUAUCUCGAAAGAGGAUUUAAAAGAUUUUCUGAGUAUUGAGUACAACAAGGUAAACAAUAUUGUGGAAUUUUCACCUUCGCAAAUUAAUCUCUUAUUCUCAAUAGUGGCAAAUUCUAAGAGGAGCAAGUUGAUUGAAAGAAGCCUUAAUACUCAUCAUGAGGACACCGCCAUUGAAAAAUUUAUCCAAAAUGACUUCUGCAAUGGAGACAGUCGUAAAAAGCAAACUUUGAGAGACUUUAACAACAACUAUCGCGAGGUGAUUGGUGGAAUAUCAGAUGAACUUAAUAAUGCAAAAAACAUACGUCGCCAGUCUUCUUCUGGGUUAUUCGAUCGUUUGUUCAAACCCAAGGAUGAUCUUGAUACCUUUUCGGAGCUCGACUUGACAAUGGAUGACUUUCUGAAAAUUCUCAAUCCUAAUUAUCUCAACGACCUUGUGCACCAAAUGGAAAUUCGCCGCAUUCAAUCUGAAUCUUUGUACACCAAUUUCUACUUUUUUCCUAUUUUCGACUCCAUCUACAACUUCUUGUUGGGAUCUAUUGCGGGGUGUAUAGGGGCGACGGCAGUUUAUCCAAUAGACCUGGUUAAGACACGCAUGCAAGCACAAAGAAAUUUCUCGCAGUACAAGAAUACGUUUGACUGCCUCGCAAAAAUUAUCUCACGCGAAGGUAUUCGAGGCAUAUACUCAGGGCUGGGUCCUCAGUUAAUUGGCGUAUCACCAGAAAAGGCAAUCAAGUUAACCGUGAAUGAUUACGUCCGGAGACAGCUGAUGGACAAAAGCCAGCGUCUGACAUUACCACUGGAAAUCCUUUCUGGCGCAGCAGCGGGGAUGUGCCAAGUUGUCUUUACGAACCCACUUGAAGUGGUCAAGAUCAGAUUACAAGUUAGAUCGGAGUACAGCUCUAGUUCACUUAGUUCCAAAGUCAAUGCCAUAAGUAUUGUAAAGGAACUUGGUAUCAAGGGUCUGUAUCGGGGAGUUGGUGCCUGUUUGAUGAGAGAUGUUCCAUUUUCUGCUAUUUACUUCCCCACUUAUGCGCACUUAAAAAAAGACCUUUUCAAUUACGAUCCACAAGACAAGACAAAGCGAUCAAGGCUACAUACUUGGCAACUACUGACAGCCGGUGGAUUGGCUGGCAUGCCUGCUGCUUACUUAACGACACCAUUUGACGUGAUAAAAACUAGAUUGCAGAUUGCUCCCAAGGAAGGUGAGACUAAAUACAAUGGUAUCUUCCAUGCCGCUAAAACAAUUUUGAGGGAAGAGAGUUUCAAGAGCUUUUUUAAAGGUGGUGGGGCCCGAGUAUUGAGAAGCUCUCCCCAAUUUGGUUUUACUUUGGCUGCCUAUGAAAUAUUUCAAAACUUGUCUCCGCUGAAUAAUCAAGCGGAAACUAAGCCGAAACAAGACAAUGAGACGCCUUCGGUAACUGGCACAUUUUCUAGGUUCUUCACGUCACUUAAGGAAUCAUCAAAGAGCCAUGUGGAAAUCACGGAGUUCUUUGGACCUUCGGUUGAUCCUUAUAGCUCAAACUAUUUGAAUUAUUAUUACAAGAGUUGUCAAGUGGCCAAAUUAUUUAUAGAUUUGGAUUACAAUUUUGCAAAAUUUGAUUAUGGAGUAUACUCCAAGUUUCACAGCUUCAUCAAAGAUGCAGAAUCAAAGCCAAAAUAG